AUGUCCGACGACGAGCAGCAGUAUUAUGGAGGCGGUGAUGACGGGCAGGGGUAUGACGAUGGACAGUAUGGAGGAGGGGAUGAUGGAGCAUAUGGUGGAGAUGAUCAACAAGGCUAUGAUGAUGGAGGAAACUACGAUGAGGGCGGAGAUUACGGCGGUGAUGGCCAGGACUAUGAUAAUGGUGAACAGUACGAAGAACCCGAGCCACAAGAAGAAGAGGAGCAUCAGGAAGAAGAAGUUGAGGAAAAUCACGAAGGUGAAGAUGAACGCCAAGAGGAAGACGUUUACCCGGAAGACGAUUACAACGACCAAAAUGAGGAUGAGCACGAGGAGCAAGAGGAGCAUGAAGAAGAGCAUGAAGAAGAGCAGCCGGACGAAGAAGCUCAUGCUCAAGAUGUAGAUGAUGUGGAGGUGCUCGAUUGGUCUCCAGAAGACGUCAGCAGCCCUGAAGAUUUGGAGCGUCUCGAGUUGUCGGGCCAUACUUUACAAGCGACAGACUCUGGUGAUGGGGGUGGUUUCAACGUUGGCAGUAUGAUUAAAGGUGCCAUGGACGGUUUUGGAGGGGAAAGUGGUGGUGGCGGGGGAGGGUUCGGAAGUAUUGUGGGGACGAUCUCGAGCAUGAUCUCUGUAGGAGGAGGGUCACCGUUGAGCAACACCUUUUCAUCCGGCGGCUUCUCCCAUAUUGCCGAGGGGCUGAUCGCGAAGGCCGCGCAUCGUUUCCUCGGCAUUGAUGAGAGGACGGGCGCUAUAAUCGGUGCGAUAGCCGGAAAUGCAAUGUUUGGAAUGGGUGGACAGGGAAAUUCCCUUGGAGGCCUUGGCAAGCUCAUCCUCGACAAUAUUGUUUCCGGGAAAUUCAGGAGAAAGGUGGAUCCAUGGGUCUCCCCGGUGGCCGGAAUGCCCAAAUUCAACCUCAAUUUCUACGCCGAACGGGAUAGAUGUCUACAAUCGGCCACGCUCUUCGAAGACCCGGAAUUCCCGGCCGGAGAUAGAGCUCUUUUCUAUAAGACGCCACCCGAUCAGGAGGUCGUUUGGAAGCGGCCGGGGGAGAUAGUCUCGAAUCCGCAGCUGAUCGUCGAGGGACACUCAAGAUUUGACGUCAAACAAGGCGCCCUCGGGGACUGCUGGCUGCUGGCCGCCGUGGCAAAUCUGACCCUUCGAGACGAGCUGUUCUACCGUGUAUGCCCGCCCGAUCAAUCUUUUACUGACAAUUAUGCCGGUAUUUUCCACUUCCAAUUCUGGCGCUACGGUAAAUGGGUUGAUGUGGUGAUUGAUGAUCGAUUGCCAACUGUUGAUAGUGAAUUGAUGUACAUGCAUUCGGCUGAUCAUAACGAAUUCUGGAGUGCCCUGCUCGAAAAAGCAUAUGCAAAAGUCUACGGCUCGUAUGAAGCAUUGGAAGGAGGGAGUACGGUAGAAGCACUCGAAGAUUUCACCGGAGGGCUGACUGAGAAUUUCGAUUUGAGAAAAACUCCUCGAGAAACAAUCCUGGCAAUGAUGGUUCGUGGAUUCCAGAUGGGAGGAAUGUUUGGAUGCUCUAUUGCUGCAGACCCCGAGGUGAAGGAAGCGGUACGUCGUGAUGGUCUAGUGAUGGGCCAUGCAUAUUCCAUUACUGCACUCCAUACGGUGCAAACCUCCCAUGGAGAAGUAGUGCUGGUGCGUAUCCGAAAUCCGUGGGGGAAUAGCAAGGAAUGGAACGGAGCCUGGUCGGAUAAUGCCCCGGAAUGGGAUCAAGUAGAUGCAUCAGCACGACCGCCAUUCGAGAAAGAUGGAGAAUUCUGGAUGUCCUUUGACGAUUUCUACAGGGAAUUCGAGGAGAUGGAACUCUGCAAUUUGUCCGCCCAGGUGAUGAACGAGAUCAACGAGAUGACUGGGGUGGACACCAGCCAGAUCGAUAAGAGGGUCUCCCAAUGGGCCGAGAGGGCCAAUGACGGGCAAUGGGACGAGCAGAGAGGAACGGCCGGUGGAUGCUCCAAUUAUCCAAACUCAUACUACCGUAACCCCCAAUUCGGCGCCCAGUUCACCGUGACCGCCGAUUCGGUGGAACAGGACGGAAAAGUGACCGUUAUUGUGGCGCUGUUGCAGAAAUACAGGCGAGAACUCCAACCACAAGGCCUCGACACCCUCCCGAUUGGUUUCUCCGUGUACGAGGCUCCCACGGUCGGCACCCCACUGGACAUGCAUUAUUUGAGGAAUAACAAGGCCAUUGCGAGGGUUCCGGUGUAUGUAAAUAUGAGAGAGGUGACAGUGCGUUUCCGUGUCCCUCCAGGAGAUUUCGUCAUUCUCCCAUCCACCUUCGAACCCGGCCAAGCAGCCGAAUUCCUCAUCAGAAUCUAUGCCAAUGGGGCUCUGCAAUUUGGAACGCUGCAAGGA